AAUUUCUACUCCUCUGAAGUAAACACAAAAUCAUCCUCUCACACUUUCUCUCUCCUCAAUACAACGACGUUUCCUUCGCUCGCCGGAAAAUUGUACAAAAAUGGCGCCUUUGGAAGUUGGAAUUCGGCGGGUAAUUUGUAAAAUUGUAUUUUUAAUGUGAACAAAAUUGUGUUUUGUUGAUUUGGGGUUCUAAUUUUGGCAUAAUAAAUUUAUAUAAUUUGUGAAAUUUGAUUAUUUAGAUAUUGAUGUGUAUUAAUUUGGGGUGUUUGGAUGUUGCAUCAUUGCAUAAUUGAAUAUGAAUAUGAAUAUAGAUUGUGAGGAAUUUAGUGGUAAUGUAGAUGUGGGAGUGUCUUUAGAAGCUCUAGAGGCUGAUGGUGGAGUUAGUAUCGUUGAUGAAUUAGAAGGAGUGUCCUCGACAAACGAGUCGAAGGCGGCGGAGUCGAGUUUAUUGCCCUUGACCCCGCCGCCGAGGGUAGGGAUGGUGUUUGAGAGAUGGGAAGGUGUGGAUGAAUAUUAUAAAAGAUUUGGGAUGGACCAAGGGUUUUGUGUUAGUAGGGUAUCAGGUGCAUAUAGAACAGGAAAGGAGAGUGGUAAGGUUAGGAGGUCGGCAACUUGGCGGUGUGAGUGUUAUGGUGUACCGGAUACUAAGGCAAGGAGGGAGGCGAAGAGGAGAGCUAAAGGAAUAGAGAUUGGUGGAAGCAUGGAAGGUCAUGAUCAAGGCAUAAGAAAACGUAAGUCGAAGAAGUGUGAGUGUCCUGCGAUGGUUUAUGCUAGUUUGAAUGCGGAAGAUGGGUGGGAAUUGAAGAAAGUUGUGUUGGAGCAUAAUCACAAGUUGACCCUAACGAAGUCAAAGCUAGUGAAAGAGGGUAUGAUGAAGGGGGUUGGGGAAACUCGAAAUAGGAGGCUAUCUAAUGAUUUUAAUGAUGGGUCAUGUGUCCCACAAAUUCAUGGGAGUUCAACGGUGAAGAGGGAAGUUGUUGAGGAUAUGCCAAUGAUGGAGAAGUGUUGCCCCCGUGUAUUAGAGCAUGAGAGAAGGCUGAGAAUGGAGGGUGGUGAUGCAAAUUCUAUGAUGGAUUUAUUUGAGAUAAUGCAACGAAACAACCAAAAUCUAUUCCAUGCCCAUAGAUUUGAUGAAUUUGGGGUGUUGCAGGAUGUUUUAUGGGUAGAUGCAAGGAGUAAAGCAGCAUAUAAAGAGUUUGGGGAUGUUGUUUGCUUUGAUACAACAUACUUGACGAAUGAGUAUGAGUUGCCACUUUUUAAUUUUGUAGGUGUUAACCAUCACGGACAAUUAGUCUUGUUGGGAUGUGGUUUAGUUUCGCAUGAUGAUGUUGACACAUAUGCUUGGAUUUUCCGGCAAUGGUUGGUAUGCAUGGGAGGAAAGGCCCCUGAUGCUAUUUUGACUAAUGAGGAUGAAGCAAUGAGGAAGGUGAUUACGGAAGUCAUCCCGGAUACUUGUCAUAAGUGGUGUAUUAGGCAAAUAUUGCAAAAGUUGCUGAAAAAGAUGUGCAUGUAUGCAAGGUACCAAGAAUUAGAGGAUGAACUCAAGGAAGUAGUUUAUGAAAGUUUUACAGUUGAUGAGUUUCAGAGUCGGUGGGUUCGUGUUGUCGACAAGUAUGAGUUGGGAGAUAAUGAUUGGUUGCAGAGACUCUAUGAGGAAAGAGCGAUGUGGGUCCCAGCAUUCGUGAAGGAUAUAUUUUUGGCAGGUAUGCAGAGGGUUGGAAGUAUGAACAAUUUUUUUGACAAUUUUGUGACAAGGCACACAAAGUUGUUUGAAUUUGCCGAGAAGUACUGUGCAGCAAUGGAGGAUAAGGUAUCCAGUGAGAAGAAUGAAGAUACAAAGUCUAUGAAGUAUGUAAGGAAGUUGGUAACUGGAUUCAAGGCGGAGGAGGUGUUCCAAAAGGUUUAUACCAAUAAUAAGUUUAGAGAGGUUCAAAGGGAGUGUGAGAGAGUUAUUUACUGCUAUGGAAAGGGGGAGGUUGUUGGAGACACAGUGGUGCAUCUCAUGGAGGAUCGUGUUUGGAUUGUUUUCAAGGGUUCAAGUGAGGAGGUCAUAACUGACAGGAGGAGAUUGUACCGAGUAUGUUACAAUGUUAAGUCAAGAGAAGUGGAGUGUGAUUGCAAGUUGUUCGAGACUCAUGGGAUAUUGUGCAGGCAUUGUAUAAGGGUGCUAGAUCAUCACUUGUUUGGGGAAGUUCCUGAUAAAUACAUACUGAAGCAGUGGCGUAAGGAUGUAUCCCGGAAGCAUGCACGAGUGAAGGUGGCAUACCAUGAUCCAUCAAAUUUGGUCGAGGUGAAAAGGUAUGACAGUAUGAUGGCUGUGUUUGAACCACUUUGUGAUAUUUCAAGUAAUGCAGAGGAGACAAUGGCAGUUGUGAUGAACGGGUUGAAAGAUAUUCAAAUCUCACUAAAUGAAUGGUUGGGCAAGAGGAGUGUUAGUAGUAUGGGUGACACUGAUGUAAAAGAUAUGCAUACUGUUAUCGAUGGCAUUGUGGAAAGUAAUGGUCAAUCACAGAUGACACCGUCAAACCCAACACAAGGAACCAAGGCUUCUGUUGUGGUAGGUAGAGAUGGUUAGGCACAUAACUUGUUAGAUAACAUUGAUGCUGACUAGAAACGGCUGAGAGCUUGCAAGUUAAUAUCGUAGCUUUGGAUAAUGUGUGCCAAUAAUUAGAGAACUGUGCUUAUCAUGCUAAGAUUUAUUGAGAAUCUAAGAUGUUCCUAUAUUAAAAAAAUUCCAACUUUUCUAGCUGUUUUGGCAUGAUGUCUGUCCAGUAUUAACAGACUACAGAUUGCUGGUGUAUAGCUCUAAGAUGCCAACAGUAAAGUGAAAAUCUUGACAUGUAAGUUUUGUAACCAAAAAUCUAAACCUGCCUUUCCUCUUAUGCUAUGAAAAGUUGUUACACCUAUAUAUGGUGGAUGUGGCAAUUUAGAGGAUAAAAGAAAAUUUGAGGCAUUUGAAGCAUGUAAAUUUGUCAGAAUGAAUUGACAAGAAUUGAACCCCAAUGACAAUUGUGAAAUUGGUGUUAA